AUGGGCCAUAUGUGGAGGCAGUAUCCUUGUCGUAUUGCGGGUCCAUCUCAGCAGAGGGGUCAGUCAUCGGCUUCAGCGCUAGUUACUUCAUCACCCCUGCUUAGCCAGCUAGGGGUGGAGGUGCGACAUCGCAUAUGCAGAAGAUUGGUCACGGAAGCAGAAGCUGGUGAAGUUGGCAGGAUAGAAGCGGUUGUGGAACAGCAUCUGCGAAGGCGCAAAGCCAUGAUGAUCUCUUCUUCCGCCUCGAGUACUUCUUAUGCCACUACCCAGUCUACCUCUCUUUUCUCUUCUCCGACUUCACUUAACCAUGCUCACAACUUUAUCUCCAUAAAAUUAACUGCCACAAAUUAUCUUUUUUGGCGCACACAAUUGUUGCCAUUUCUCCGUGGCCAAAAUCUUCAUGGAUUUAUCGAUGGUAGUCACCCUUGCCCACCAUCCCAUGUCUCAGUUGCUAAUGCCACAGGUGAUGGAUCCCAAACAACAACUAUUAACCCUGAUUAUGCAGUAUGGAUACAGCAAGAUCAAUUAAUAUUGAGUCUACUCAUAUCCUCCCUAUCAGAAGAGACACUUCCCAUUGCCGUCGGACUAAACAUUUCGAAAGCAGUUUGGGACGUGCUUGAGGCUGCGCUGUCUUCUCCCUCCAACAGUCGAAUUUUGAGCCUUCAUAUGCAGCUUCAAAACCUGAAGCAAGAUGAUCUAACUGUCACACAAUAUCUACACACGGCAAAACUGAUUUCAGAUGAGUUGACCGUUGUUGGACGCCCCUUAUGUCUCGCAGACCAUAACAUCUACGUAUGCAGAGGAUUGCGUUCAGAAUUUAAAGAUAUUGUCACUACCUUAUCGGCACGACCUCAACCAGUUACUUUUGUCGAAUUGCAUAGUUUUCUUCUUAACCAUGAGUUCAUCAAUGGCUCAUCACUUUCCAACCUCUCAAUUUCUAUGCCGCAACAACCAGAAUCAAUCCAACAUCCUUCAGCAAACUUGGCCCACAAGAAUGCACAACCCGAUCGUUCAUACAACAACAAUACUAACAGAGGUCGCGGAAGGCCCAAUCGAGGUCGUGGUGGCAGAGGUGGUCGCUUUAAUUCCAGAAAUUAUUCCACCUAUAAUCAACCUUGGCAGUCCACCGACCAGCAACAAAAGUGCCAAAUUUGUAAUGGCCAUAACCACACUGCUCCAAAUUUCUUUCAACGUUGCAGCCAAGCGACUAAUCUAGAGGCUUAUCUAUCGCAUUCUACUCCAAACGCACCUUCUCAGCAGUGGUUCCCUGACACCGGGGCGAUGCAUUAA